AUGAAUAGAACAGUGUCAUUUGACAACUUUUUGGAAUACAGCUAUCCAAGUAUAUACUGGGUGAUCCCCUACACUCCGGUCACAAGCAUAGUUCUAACGAUAUUAGAAAUCCAAGUCUCCGUAUUGCCUGGAUACACUGACGUUUUCCUCAUCUCAGUUAGUAUCGUUCUGGCACAUCGUUUCCAACAAAUAACCAAAACUCUAAAAGAAAAUAAAACCGUUCUGUUCAAAGAGGCAAACGCAAGCUUGUCCUUCUGGAGAAACAUUAGAAAAGAUUACUGCAAACUAAGCACUUUAUUGUUCACUCUAGACGACCACAUGUCUGCAAUGAUUAUCGUUUCGUACGCCCGAAACUUCUUCUUUUUGUUACACUUCUUGACAAUAUUUUUGAGGGACACCGAAACUAACCCACUUGUCAAAACUUACAACUACCUUAUGGCAACUGGUUUCGUUCUGAGGAUGACCUGUCUGACUUUCACUUCGUCUUGGAUCAACGAAGAGAGUCAAGAGCCGGUCAUAAUUUUGAACUCCGUGGAACCGGAAGAAUAUAAUUCUGAAGUUUCGAGGUUGCUUCUUCAGUUGAGUUUCGAUGAGGUGGCUUUGACGGGGUAUAAGAUGUUCAAGCUUAAUAAGAAACUCUUGUUGAGUGUUAUAAGUGCAGUGGUGACUUAUGAAUUGAUGAUUAUUCAAUAUAAUAACAGCUACGUGGAGUUAACACAAAAUUAA